AUGCGGCGAACGGGGGGGGGGGGGGGGGGGGGGGGGGGGGGGGGGGGGGGGGGGGGGGGGGGGGGGGGGGGGGGGGGGGGGGGGGUGGGGGGGGGGGGGGGGGGGGCGGGGGGGGGGGGGGGGGGGGGGGGGGGGGGGGGGGGGGGGGGGGGGGGGGGGGGGGGGGGGGGGGGGGGGGGGGGGGGGGGGGGGGGGGGGGGGGGGGGGGGGGGGGGGGGGGGGGGGGGGGGGGGGGGGGGGGGGGGGGGGGGGGGGGGGGGGGGGGGGGGGGGGGGGGGGGGGGGGGGGGGGGGGGGGGGGGGGGGGGGGGGGGGGGGGGGGGGGGGGGGGGGGGGGGGGGGGGGGGGGGGGGGGGGGGGGGGGGGGGGGGGGGGGGGGGGGGGGGGGGGGGGGGGGGGGGGGGGGGGGGGGGGGGGGGGGGGGGGGGGGGGGGGGGGGGGGGGGGGGGGGGGGGGGGGGGGGGGGGGGGGGGGGGGGGGGGGGGGGGGGGGGGGGGGGGGGGGGGGGGGGGGGGGGGGGGGGGGGGGGGGGGGGGGGGGGGGGGGGGGGGGGGGGGGGGGGGGGGGGGGGGGGGGGGGGGGGGGGGGGGGGGGGGGGGGGGGGGGGGGGGGGGGGGGGGGGGGGGGGGGGGGGGGGGGGGGGGGGGGGGGGGGGGGGGGGGGGGGGGGGGGGGGGGGGGGGGGGGGGGGGGGGGGGGGGGGGGGGGGGGGGGGGGGGGGGGGGGGGGGGGGGGGGGGGGGGGGGGGGGGGGGGGGGGGGGGGGGGGGGGGGGGGGGGGGGGGGGGGGGGGGGGGGGGGGGGGGGGGGGGGGGGGGGGGGGGGGGGGGGGGGGGGGGGGGGGGGGGGGGGGGGGGGGGGGGGGGGGGGGGGGGGGGGGGGGGGGGGGGGGGGGGGGGGGGGGGGGGGGGGGGGGGGGGGGGGGGGGGGGGGGGGGGGGGGGGGGGGGGGGGGGGGGGGGGGGGGGGGGGGGGGGGGGGGGGGGGGGGGGGGGGGGGGGGGGGGGGGGGGGGGGGGGGGGGGGGGGGGGGGGGGGGGGGGGGGGGGGGGGGGGGGGGGGGGGGGGGGGGGGGGGGGGGGGGGGGGGGGGGGGGGGGGGGGGGGGGGGGGGGGGGGGGGGGGGGGGGGGGGGGGGGGGGGGGGGGGGGGGGGGGGGGGGGGGGGGGGGGGGGGGGGGGGGGGGGGGGGGGGGGGGGGGGGGGGGGGGGGGGGGGGGGGGGGGGGGGGGGGGGGGGGGGGGGGGGGGGGGGGGGGGGGGGGGGGGGGGGGGGGGGGGGGGGGGGGGGGGGGGGGGGGGGGGGGGGGGGGGGGGGGGGGGGGGGGGGGGGGGGGGGGGGGGGGGGGGGGGGGGGGGGGGGGGGGGGGGGGGGGGGGGGGGGGGGGGGGGGGGGGGGGGGGGGGGGGGGGGGGGGGGGGGGGGGGGGGGGGGGGGGGGGGGGGGGGGGGGGGGGGGGGGGGGGGGGGGGGGGGGGGGGGGGGGGGGGGGGGGGGGGGGGGGGGGGGGGGGGGGGGGGGGGGGGGGGGGGGGGGGGGGGGGGGGGGGGGGGGGGGGGGGGGGGGGGGGGGGGGGGGGGGGGGGGGGGGGGGGGGGGGGGGGGGGGGGGGGGGGGGGGGGGGGGGGGGGGGGGGGGGGGGGGGGGGGGGGGGGGGGGGGGGGGGGGGGGGGGGGGGGGGGGGGGGGGGGGGGGGGGGGGGGGGGGGGGGGGGGGGGGGGGGGGGGGGGGGGGGGGGGGGGGGGGGGGGGGGGGGGGGGGGGGGGGGGGGGGGGGGGGGGGGGGGGGGGGGGGGGGGGGGGGGGGGGGGGGGGGGGGGGGGGGGGGGGGGGGGGGGGGGGGGGGGGGGGGGUGGGGUGGGGGGGGUGGGGAGGGGGGGGGGGGGGGGGGGGGGGGGGGGGGGGGGGGGGGGGGGGGGGGGGGGGGGGGGGGGGGGGGGGGGGGGGGGGGGGGGGGGGGGGGGGGGGGGGGGGGGGGUGGGGGGGGGGGUGGGGGGGGGGGGGGGGGGGGGGGGGGGGGGGGGGGGGGGGGGGGGGGGGGGGGGGGGGGGGGGGGGGGGGGGGGGGGGGGGGGGGGGGGGGGGGGGGGGGGGGGGGGGGGGGGGGGGGGGGGGGGGGGGGGGGGGGGGGUGGAGGGUUUAUGUAUUGGGGGGAUGAGGAGGUUGUUGGGUGUGGGGUGGGGGGGUGAGAGGGAUGAGUGUGUGAGGGGAGGAGUUGUGGUUGGGUGUUGGGGUUGUUGGUUGAGGGUGGUUGGGGGGGUGGUUGUUUGUUAG